AUGUCUUCUGAACAUACAUCAAUUCAUCUGGCAAAGCGCCCUGAGACUACCAUUGUUCCUGGUGAGACAUUUGUUGCAAGAACACAUCCGGCGCCUGAACCAAGUGAACUUCAAGAUGGUGAGGUUAUCCUGGAAAGCCUUUAUCUAAGUCUAGAUCCUGCGAUGCGUGGCUGGCUAGACGACCGACCCUCAUAUAUUCCUCCCGUUGCGAUCGGUGAAGUCAUGCGUGGCUUUGCUUUGGGACAGGUAAUUGCCUCACGAUCAGAGCGUUUCCCUGUUGGAUCCUACGCCGUCAGUAUGAUUGGUUGGACCGAGAAGGCAAUUGUCAGUGAGAAUAGUCUGGAAGCCGUGUCCAUGCCUGACUCUACCUAUGGAGGCCGUUUGACCGAUUUUCUAGGCGUGCUUGGAUUAACGGGAAUCACGGCAUACUGGGGAAUGGUUGAAGUCGGUCGUGUCCGCCCCGGAGAUUUUGUGGUUGUCUCAGGUGCGGCUGGGGCGACUGGUUCUAUUGCUGGACAGAUUGCGAAGAUUCAUGGCGCCACCGUAUACGGGAUCACUGGUUCAGAUGAGAAGUGUCGUUGGCUAGUGCAAGAUCUCAAUUUCGACGGAGCGCUGAACUACAAGAGCGAGAAUUUCGAAGACGAAUUCAAAUCUUUGACUCAAGGAAAGAUCGACCUCUUCUAUGACAAUGUCGGCGGGCAGGUCCUCGACUUGGCCCUUGUCUGCGCCAGGAAAAAUGCUCGAUUCGUCAUGUGUGGUGGAGUCAGUCAAUUCAAUGAGCCUGAUGUGCAGGGCCCAAAGAAUUACCAAAUGAUAUGGAGAAUGCGAAUUCGCAUGGAAGGCUUUAUCGUCUUUGACCAUAUGGACCGAGCUCUCGAAGUCAGACAGAAGCUCAGCCAGUGGCUAGCAGAGGGCCAACUGAAGCAGAGGGAGACCAUUGUGCGUGGUGGUGUACGACAAGCGGAAACGGCCUUGACGAAAUUGUAUCAGGGGUUAAACAUAGGAAAACUUCUUGUUGAGGUUAAAGCUCCGUGA